AGUAGUUUACAGCAGCGACCGGAAGUUCUGUGUGAAGACAGGAACAACAAAGAGGAGAACGCGCCCGUCUUUUAAACCUUUACUUGAGCACACACCUGACUACAAAAUCAAGGAAAUUAGUCGUCGUUGACAGUAGGGCAAAAGAAGUUGGUUUGCAUGUGAGGACAAGCGUGUCUGCCGAGCCAACCAUGGCGAACCAUGUGGAAGAUAUAGAAAACAAUAUGGAUGAGUCCAAUGUGGCCUCUGAAGCCACCCAGCCGCCACAGGAGGCCGCGGGGACCACAGUCCGGUCUAGAGGAGUCUCGGGAGGAGGAGGAGGAGGAGGCGGCAAUGGUAGCGGCCCCGAGCAGAACGGACAGCCCGGCGCUGCCCGGCCUCCGCGGGUGGUGGAGACCGAGGAGGACGAGGACGAAGAGUUGACCUUGAAAUACGGGGCGAAGCACGUCAUCAUGCUGUUCGUUCCCGUGACCCUCUGCAUGGUGGUCGUCGUGGCAACCAUAAAGUCCGUCAGCUUCUUUACCCAGAAGGACGGCCAGAGAUUGAUCUACACUCCGUUCUCCGAAGACACAGACACAAUGGGACAGCGAGCCCUCAACUCCAUCCUGAACGCCUCCAUCAUGAUCACCGUGAUCAUCGUCAUGACUCUGGUGCUGGUGCUGUUGUACAAGUACCGCUUCUACAAGGUCAUCCAAGGCUGGCUCUUCCUGGCCUCCCUCCUCAUGCUGUUCAGCUUCUCCUUCAUCUACCUCAAAGAGGUUUUCAAGACCUACAACUUGGCCACGGACUACUUCACCGUGGCGAUAAUAAUUUGGAACUUCGGCGUGGUGGGCAUGUUGUGCAUCCACUGGACCGGGCCGCUGCGGCUCCAGCAGGCCUACCUCAUCAUGAUCAGCGCCCUCAUGGCCCUGGUCUUCGUCAAGUACCUGCCAGAGUGGACCGGCUGGCUCAUAUUAGGCGCCAUAUCCGUCUACGAUCUGUUAGCGGUGCUCUGUCCCAAAGGGCCCCUGAGGAUCCUGGUGGAGACGGCUCAGGAGAGGAACGAGCCCAUCUUCCCCGCUCUCAUCUACUCGUCUACGAUGGUGUGGCUCGUCAACAUGGCCGACACCGAAUGGCCGCCGAGGAGGAGCUCCGCGGAAGCGCUGGCGGCGCCGCCUCUACAAGAAGCUCCAGAAGCCGCGGGGUCCCCGCCGCCCUCCAGCCCGCCGGGCGAUGACGGAGGCUUCAGCUCCUCGUGGGUCGACCACCAGCAGCACCAGCUGGGGCCGCUCCAGACCACCGACGAGACCCGGCGGGAGAUCCAGGAGCUGCCCUCCGCACGGCCCCCCGUGGAAGACGACGACGACGAGGAGGAGAGGGGCGUCAAGCUGGGCCUCGGGGACUUCAUCUUCUACAGCAUGCUGGUGGGCAAGGCCUCGGCCACGGCCAGCGGCGACUGGAACACCACGCUGGCCUGCUUCGUGGCCAUCCUCAUCGGCCUGUGUCUGACCCUGCUCCUCCUCGCCAUCUUCAAGAAAGCGCUCCCCGCUCUGCCCAUCUCCAUCUUUUUCGGCCUGGUCUUCUACUUCGCCACAGACAACCUGGUGCAGCCCUUCAUGGACCAGCUGGCGCUGCACCAGUUCUACAUUUAGCAGGACGCCGCCACGACGACCCUCACCCACAAAGGCCAACCCCGCCACGGCGGCGAGGGGCGACGCGGGGCCCCCCCUCCUCAGAACUCACAAUGAGAGGGACGCGAGUUGUUUUCAAGUUUGCCUUUUUUUUUUCUUUACGGCAGAAAAGCCGUUUUAAACCAAGAAGUGACAUUUCUCGCUCGACCCACGCCGAGCGUUUUACCUUUUUUUUUUUUUUUAAUGCGGAGGGGAGGCUUUCCUCUCGGCAGCAGCCCGCCCCACUUCUACGCAGAAUCAUAUCUGGGAGUCGUCCCUGACAACCAGGGCUUUACAGUAGGUGCCUUGCUCAGGGACACCUCGGCAGUCGCUGCUGAGCGAAGGGAGACGAUUUCAUUAAAUCUCCCUCGAAAGACUUAAUACAUCUUUAAACCCAAGAUUCUGAAGCCUUGGUGCAACUAACACUGCGAUGGUGUUGAUUUAGAUUUGUAGGUGUAGUCUGAUUGAUUGUGUACGAGCCGUGGUGAGUGUUUUGCGUCAAAUCACAUUUCAAGCCGGGGGGAGGAGGGGAAGGGAGGAGGGGAGGAGGUCACACAAACACUCACACCUGAGACUUCGCUGUCACGUGCUGUCAGCCACUGAGCAGUUCUGCUGGAGCAGUCGGAGGUUCGGUGCCUUGCUCGAGGGCAUUUCAGUAGUAGUAGUUGUUGUUGUUGUGGGACAGAAAUGUGCUUUUCGUUCUCUUCACUGACUGAGAUUUAUUUCGCUUUUGUAGCCCGUGAACAUCUGGCCACAAACCCUGAAGCUUUACGCUCUAGCGGCGCUGGUGAUGCUCGCCUGGUGCUUUCUGGAACUAUGCUACAUCAAAACACUUGUUUUCAUGAAAUGCAGAAGAGACUUUUUGAAGCAUGAGGGUGAAAGUUAACGGGGUUAAGUGUGAUAACAGAGACCUUUGACUUAAAUGAUGUGCAUGUUCUUGAGAUAACAACGCGCGGCCCUGAUGAACGAGGGAGUUGUUAAUCUGGUUUGAUUUGAUUCCCGAAUUUGUGAAGAUGUUUUGAAAUCAUUCUCCAAUUAUCAAGCAGUAAUUGUCAAUUUUAAUUAAUGUAAAAGGGAAAACAAAGCAAAAAGUUUAACUCCAGGUGAAAACAUGUUUUGUAAAGUCUUACAUGAGAAGUCGCAGAUACACAAGCUGCUCCUCUUCUCUGCACUCGAGUUUCAUUCUUCCAGAGAAUGGAACCAGAGGGAACAAUUUCAGUUUGUCCUGAAACCUUUUAGUUCUAGUUUUCAUGGAAUAUGUUUGACGACUGUCUCUUUCUGUCCUUCACAUGCAUACGUGUGUUAUGCAAGUUUAUUCAAGUCAGAUUUUGUUUUUUUUAAAUAAAUAAUGAAAGUUAAAGUAC